AUGGACGUAAAUUUAGAUGCGACCGAUAUACAAUCUCAAAUACUCCAAAAUACUCUUGUAGAGGUAGCAUUGUCAAAGAAACAACCCGAAGCCGAUAAUCCAAACGAAACAUGCUGCGUCAUCUGCCUCGAUAGCAUCACCGAGAUCUGCGAGGCCAGGCCUUGCAGUCAUCGGAACUUCGAUUACCUCUGCCUUCUUAGUUGGCUAGAGCAGCAGAAGAAAUGCCCUCUUUGCAAGAGCAAUGUCGAUGAGGUCUGGUACGAUUUCGAAAACGAUAGCCCUGAUGCGAAAAGUAGGGUAUACCUAGUUCCGCCCCCGAAGGCGUCAUCAAAACAACCCCUACAGUCGCAUGCUCAAAUCUACCAUCCACGAAAUGCGUUUUCGAGACCAAACCGUCGACGAUACGAAGAAGCGCCUCCGCGGCGGGUAACUGUUAACGAAGCUAUUCUCCGCCGGCAAGAUGUCUAUCGCAAUCAACUCUACUCCCUACACGUCGGAUCGAACCAAAGAUCGGGCUAUCGAGAUUUAACUCCACAAGUGUUCGAAUCCGAUCCCGAGAUGAUAUCAAGGGCGCGAACAUGGCUCAGGAGGGAACUACAAGUCUUUGAAUUCCUUCGAACUCCACCCACCGCGCAAUCCAGCGACGAUGCGAUGACGAGAAGACGUGCGAAUAACGCCGAAUUUCUGCUUGAGUAUAUAAUCGCUAUCCUAAAGACUGUAGAUAUUCAAGGAAGCCAAGGGCAAGCGGAAGAAAUGUUGAAAGAUUUCCUCGGUCGCGAUAACACCAAGUUACUCCUUCACGAGCUCAAGAACUUUCUGCGCAGCCCCUGGUCGUUGGAGGCCUGGGAUCGCAAAGUCCAGUAUCCAACGGCGAGGAAGCGACCAGUUGAGGAAGGUGAUGUUGAAAGUAAUGCCCAAGCGAGCAACGCAUCUCAGAUUUGUAGCCGUUGA